AUGCUCGAUGUGUAUCACAAGCGACGCAGCUCCCGCUGGGGUCGACGAGGAUCUUCGAGUGAGCCUUCCAAGAGAAGACUUUCCUCCUACACGACCUCAUCCGGCGACACGGCCAUUGACUUCGAGAAUUCAGAAGACGAAGUUAAGGAGAACAUCCGUUACCACAAGAACAUAAUCGAGAGUGUCAAAACGCAACCUUGGUCGAUGGCUAAAAAGCUCCGUAUGCUCCGGAGUGCCAAAGCGUACAUUAAAAAACACGAAGGAGAGCUGGCGCAGAGCAAGCAGGCGAAGGAUAUCUUUGCUUCUUAUUCGAACUGGUUUCGCAAUUCAUGGCAUCGAUUUAAGCGCGAAAUCGCCGACCUGAUGGUGACCUUGACCCCGUGGGAGAUGAGAAUCAAACGCAUAGAGAGCCACUUCGGCUCUGUCGUAGCAUCGUACUUCAUUUUUCUCCGUUGGGUCUUCUGGUUGAACAGUUUCAUAUCGUUGUUUAUCUGCUGUUUUCUCAUGGUUCCCGAAGUUCUCAGAGGCGACGACGAUAUCACAGGAAUGCGCAAGAAAGUCAAGGAUGAAGAAGCCAAGAGCGCUUUGAACCUCAAGGAAGUGUGGGAGUUCGAGGGCUAUCUGAAAUUCUCGCCCAUAUUCUACGGUUACUACUCCGAUCGAGAGAUCACACCGGAGGGAUAUCGGCUACCCCUCGCCUACCUGCUGUCUUCUUUAGUAAUGUACAUGUUCAGCUUCUUCGUGAUCCUCCGCAAGAUGGCGGAAAACAACCGGCAAUCAAAAAUAACGGAGAAGGAGGAUGAAUGCACGUUCGCCUGGAAACUCUACACUGGUUGGGAUUAUAUGAUUGGGAAUGCAGAAACCGCGCACAAUAAAGUGUCGUCCCUGGUCAUGAGCUUCAAAGAAUCCGUUCUGGAAGAGAAAGAACGUCGCAAGGAGGAGCGCAGCUGGAAAUUGAUAACUUUGAGAACGUUCACAAAUUUCCUCGUUCUGCUGCUGCUCGGCUCGUCGGCAUACGCCGUGAUCCUCGUGGUUGCGAGAGGUGAGGAGCCAGAAGCUCAGAAGAGUUGGUAUCGCCAGAAUGAGGUGACUCUCGUCUUGACCGGGAUCAGCAACGUGUAUCCGAACUUCUUCGACAUGAUAGGUGCGCUCGAACAGUACCAUCCCCGCCAACAGCUCCAAUGGCAACUGUUUCGUAUAUUGAUGCUGUACAUGCUCAACUUGUAUACCCUGAUCUUCGCUUUGUUCGGCAAAGUGAGGAAAAUGACAACCGAGCUGACUGAAAUGAAGAAGAAUAUCACCGACCAGAUCGAGUCCGGCUUCUUCGAUACGACACCGGUUACCCCUUUAUUCAACAUGACUUUCAAUGAGACAGAGAUGGACAACAUGAGUGGGUUCGCCAGCGGAUCCUUGGAGCACUUUCUGUUCGACGCAGUUUCAACGUUCCCGCUGCUCGACAUUUCCAAGUGUACCUCAUGCAGCUGGCUCCCCGUGAAUUGUACGCUAUUGCUGGGCUUGCAUUUGACCUUCUCGAUUCCGCCGGCAUUGUUCUUUAACGAGAUACCCGAGCACUGCAAGAAGACCAGCUACAACGCUUCUUGGUGUUCAGAACAGAUGUGGAAUGCCAGCGGUUCCUGGAAUCUGAGCGAUUGGGAUGCGAUGAAUGCGAGCUACGCGCCUUGUCCGACCACUACGACGCCGAUGCCGAUUCCGAAGUUGACGACUACCCCGAAACCACCGUCGGUCGAAGAAAUGGUUUUGCGCAUCAAUAAUUUGACCGUUUUGAGCUCUUGGAAUUCAUCAUCAGGAGUACCGCGGGUACCAAUCCCGGCUUUGAGCACGAACGAAUCGGACAUUUGGAGCCUCCUCCCGAAUAUCUCUGACAUGAGCGCUUUUUACGACUCCAAUAUGACUUACGGAAACAUCACCGAACAUCCUGUAACCAUACUCCAAACAACUACCGUCUCUGUCAGCGACAUGUUCCAAUUAGACGACUUGAACUGCUCGACGGUUUAUAUGCCCUACUGCGGGAAUCUUCCGGUCCCAGAUAUGCUCCUGACAGACGAGCAAAGGACUACGGCGAUUUUCGAGAGGGAGGAGACUACGACGCCGAGAAUUCCGGGUGUCGUGAGGCAAGAAGACUUGGUUCGGAUCGAUGAGCCCUCGAAAGACAAGCUCCGGAAACUCUGCUGGGAGACGAUGUUCGGCCAGGAGAUCGUGAAACUCACAGUUAUGGACCUUGUGAUGACGAUCGGAACAACUGUAAUAACCGAUUACAUUCGCGCAGUCUUUAUCCGUUAUCUCAAUAACUACUGGUGUUGGGAUAUGGAAGUUCGUUGGCCCGGUUACGGCGAUUUUAAAAUAGCUGAGAACAUUUUGCAUCUAGUCAAUAAUCAGGGCAUGGUGUGGAUGGGAAUGUUCUUCUCACCCGGUCUCCCCGCAAUCAAUACGAUCAAACUCGCGAUCCUGAUGUAUAUUCGCUCCUGGGCGGUCUUGACCUCGAACAUUCCACACGAGACCGUGUUCAAAGCCUCCGGGAACAAUUUCUAUUACAUGUUACUGUUGGUAAUGUUGUUCAUCUGUACUCUGCCAGUCGGUUAUGCGAUGGUCUGGCUCGAACCAUCGUGGCAUUGCGGCCCGUUCAGUAGCUUCGACAAGGCUUAUAAAGUCUUCACGAGCUAUUUAAAACGAACCCUUCCGAGAUGGCUCAAUAUCGUCUUGGAGUACUGCUGUUCUGCUGGAGCCAUCAUCCCUUUGAUUCUUCUUCUGGUAUUGAUCAUUUACUACCUGCUCUCGAUAACGGGCUCCUUGAGGGAGUCCAAUAACGAUCUCAUGACUCAGAUCCGGCGUGAGAAGGAAGAGAAGCGCGCCAAGAAGGAAGAAGAGGAGGGAGCCAGGGUGCCAGAGAUCCCACUCGAUCCCGAUCAGCGAGACGCUCUAGGCGAUCCAGAACAAGCGGAGAAGGCUGAGAAGGUUCUCAAUAUGUGGUCAGCUGCCUCAAGACGUCAGUCCAUGGUCCAGAAAUUCAAAGGAUCCGCAUCGCCUCUGCAGAGAGCGGUUGCGUUGGCGCAGGAACAACUCUACAAGGAACGCGAUGAGGCCCCCGGACCCGCGGCCGCCUCAUGGAAUGCCAUGUUACAACAUCACGUCGACAAAGCGAGACAAAUGGACCGAAAGGACGAUCGCACCAAGAAUCAACGAUCGGAUGAAGAGCCGCUCGUUUCUACGGGGAGCUCACCAAAACUCACACCGAAACAGAUUCAGGAGAUGCGAGCCGUAGAGCAACUCAAAGCCUUCAGGGAGAAGAAAAGGCGUCAACGGGUGCCCAAGAUCAUGAUCAGCAAAGAUGGGAGCGAGGAGUCGCAAGGAAGCCUCGAGGGUGAACGAGCAGAGGAAAAGAUGACCCCGCAGGUCGAUAGUCAGCCUCUGUUAUUGGAUCCCGGCAAGCAGGUCAAGAACAAGAAAAACAAACCAGCCUUGCGGAGGGAACCGACCAAGUACCCGAUCGAUGAAAAAUCUUCGCAGUCCAAAGGGAGUCGGUCCCCGACGCAAACGCCCGACACGAAGCGGAAACCUCCACAACGUUAA